AUGUCUAUUUUCAAAAUCCAGAAGUUACCCUUAAAUAGAGGAUUGAAAAAACAUGAAGAAUUAUUAUCUCAAAUAGAUCAAGAAUGUGCAAAUUAUUUAAAUAUAUUAUGUCCUAAUUUUGAUGAACAAAUAGUUGAAAUGCUAAAUACUUAUAAAGAUGAACAAAUACCAAUACCUGAAAUAACAAGACAUAUAGUUGAAUCACUUGGUGGUGGAAUAAGUCCUUUUCAAUUAUUCAAUCCUAUUGAAAAUUUAGAUGAUAUAAUUGAGAAUGAAUUGGAUUUAAAUAAUAAAGCUGAAAAAUACUAUAUGGCUGUUAUAAUGUAUCAGAGAUUAUUUACUACGUUGAAAUAUUUGUUUCAAAAUGAUAAUCUUGUUAAAAACUCUAAAAAUAUUGAAGAAAUUAUCAAUUUGGGAGAUGGGAAAGAUUUUGAAUUAGUAUAUUCAGUUAUUAAAUUUAGAUUAGAUGUUAUUAUUAAAAGAAUGUUAAGUAAGACGAGUUUACAUCUGGUUGAUUAUACUACAGAUACUACAUUCAGUAAUUAUGAUCAUCUUGGAAUAUUUCUUAACGAAUUAAAUGACAAUAAUAAAUUAGUUAUCCUUUAUUUGAUGACAUCUGGAAUUGCACAUAGUGGGGAUUCCAUUUGUCAAAUUCUUACAAAGAAAUUCAUACAGUAUAAACGAACAGGGGAGAUCAAUUUGGAUGUGAUAUAUGAAGAAAUUCAUUUUGAAAUCUACCGUCAUACCAAAAUAUCAGAUAAUCUACCUUCACUGGUUUCAAAAGUUGGGGUAAAAAGAAGUAAAUCUAUAAUGCGAGGGUAUGGAACUAAAAGAGCAAAGACUCAUUAG